AUGACACUCUUACAAUCCCUGCUCCAUCUCACCAACUUCAAGAGCCCGUUGCUACGAACGCUGGUCCCGUCCGUCUCCGCCGCGUACGCGAUCCAGCUCGCCUUCGCCGUCCCCUCCAUCCUCGCCCAGAAUGAACGCUUCUACGACUUCUCCGGCUCGCUGACCUUCCUCUCCGUCACCGCCCUCAGCCUCUACCUCCCUGCCCUCCGGGCCAAGUUCUCCUCCCCCGCCGGAGCCAACGCCUCGGCCCCGCUCCCGAGCCUGCUCGCACCCUUCACGAACCCGGGCGGCCUAGGAGCUCUGAACUGGAGACAGGUCGCUCUCAGCGGCGCCGUCGUGUUCUGGGCCGUCAGACUGGGAUCGUAUCUCUUCCAGCGCAUUCUGCAGGAUGGAAAGGACUCGCGCUUCGACGAGAUCAAGAAGUCGCCGCCCAAGUUCGCCGGCGCCUUCUUCGCUCAAGCCACCUGGGUCUCCCUCUGCCUGCUCCCCGUCAUCGCCCUGAACUCCGUGCCCGCCACCGCGUUCGCCGCUCUGCCCGCGCUCAAGAUCUCCGAUGCCAUCGGUCUGCUCGUCUACAUUGGCGGAUUCGCCUUCGAGAUCACGGCUGAUCGCCAGAAGAGCCAAUGGAUAAAGGAGAAGAAGCAAAAGGUCCACGACGAGCAGUUCAUGACCCGUGGUCUCUGGACCGUUAGCCAAUACCCCAACUACUUUGGGGAGAUUUCCCUCUGGACCGGCAUUGCCACCGCUUCUGCCGGCAUCCUUGUGACGAGGCCCAUCCAGGCUGCUCUCGGCCUGUCUGGUGUUGCCGCUGGGCCGUUGAUUGCUGCGGGCAUUUCGUACGUAAGCCCGGCGUUCGUCACCUUGCUUCUGACCAAAGUGUCUGGCAUUCCCCUGAGCGAAAAGAAGUAUGACAAGCGCUACGGCGACCGCAAGGACUACCAAGAGUGGAAGAAGAACACUCCCAAGCUGAUCCCCAAGAUCUUCUAA